CGAGCUAGUCGACGGCCGGCCACGAAUGGGACGUCAGAUCGUUGGGACGAUUAAGCGUCCCGGUGACGAUUUGAAUCCAGGAGGGCAGUUCUCAGCCGAAUUGGAGGAGGUCCCAUCACAGUGCGGAGAAGUUUAACUUCAGUAGCACAAGCUCUCUGGUACGCUGGCAUCUGGGGCGCUGCGCGAGAAGAACUUGGGAGUUAAGAAUAGGUUUCUGAGCUUCUUCGGAUGAUAUACUGCAUGGGGGGAACUGAAACGCAGCAUUUUCUUCUCCCCUCCGAUAAGGAAGGCCAGGGUAGCCGAACUUCAAACGCACUUACGACUUGAAACGCCUAUUUAUCGAAGCACUCAGCAUCAACUUGAAAUAUUGCUGCAGAAAAUACACUCCUGUCUGGCAAAAGACAGGCUACUGGGGAAGCGUCAAAAACCGUUAUAUGGACUUAAAAAAAAAUCUGAGCAAUUGGACUUGUUUGCUGGAGGUUCGUCUUUUUUCAAUAUCAUUCUCGAUUUUCCAGGUCAAUGUUAUUUACGUGAAUUCUUAUCAUCAUUUCAUUUUUUCCCGGACACUUGUUUUGUGUCACACCAAGAGCGCUCGUGUCUGGACGCGACAAGAGUGUCGCCGGGCUGUCCGCGCGCCUUUGUCAUUGUAAUGUCGGUGUGUCUGCGGGACCCUCGGAUGCCCCCGGACAUGCUGCUUAGUUCAGCACUCUGACCAAGUAGCUGGAGGUGAAGGACCGCCGGAGUACGAACUACACCCGAGGAGCCAGGGGAACGUCAGAGUCCACAACUUUUUAUCUGCAAAACAUCCAACGUUUUUGAAUUUGUCCUUUUGUUUUUACGAACUUGACAGCCUACGUUUUUUUUUUAUUGAAAACUUUUCAUCUUUUUUUUCACUGCGAGCAGGACCAAAUUCAGGAUGUUGUUAGCUCGCUUUUCGGGGGCUUUAAAGGUCGUCCCCUCCAAGUUUACCUGCAUUUUCUUCUUCUUGUUUUUGGUUUGUCAAUUGCCCCAGCCUUCCUCUCCACUCAUCACAGGUACGGAGGCGAGCUGCGAGAACGACGGAGAGGUGCUGCACAUCCCCAACAUCACAGACAACCCCUGCAUCACCUGCGUCUGUCUGGAGGGGAAGGCGGACUGUAAGCAGGAGAAGUGUCCCCUGGUGUCUGAGGACUGUGCCCUGGUGGUGAAGCAGACUGGAGCCUGCUGUGAGAGAUGCAAAGGUUGCCAGUUGGAGGGGAGACAUUAUAACAGUUCUGCAUCCUGGACAAGCGCCACUAAGCCCUGCAUGACCAGAAGAUGUCAGGAAGGUGUCGUCACAGAGGCGGAGGUGCAGUGUGUAGUUCACUGCAGGAACCCCAAAAUACACCCCAAGAAGUGCUGCCCGACCUGCCCUAGCUGUAUAUUUGAGGGUCGUCUGUACAAGGAGAAGGAAGAGUUCAGCCCUGAAGGCAAACCCUGCAUCAAAUGCACUUGUACGGGCGGACGGACUCUGUGCAUGAGGGAGGCGUGUCCGGUUCUUUCUUGCCCCGCCCACCUCACCCACACCCCACCAGGACAGUGCUGCCCCCGAUGUCUCGGUCAGAGGAAGGUGUUUGAUCUGUCUCAGGGGAGCUGCUUGUUUCACAGCGAGGUCUAUGAGAACAACACCUCCUUCAGGAACGACAACUGCACCACCUGCAUCUGCAAGGAUUCCACUGUGGUGUGCAAGAAGCACUGCUCGCGGCCAGGCAGUUGCCAGGGCGACCAGUGCUGCGACGAGUGCCUGUCCUAUGUGAAGGUGGAGGAAGUGAAAUACUGCCGGGUCCGGAACAAGAUCUACAGGGAAGGAGACAUGUGGUCCUCUGCCAACUGCACCCUGUGUGCCUGUGUCCAGGGCAACAUCGAGUGUCAGCCCAAGCACUGUGUGCCCAUCACCAGCUGCCCGUCGAAUAAGAUCCUUAACCGAACGGGCUGCUGUCCUGUUUGCACUGAAAAGCCUGGUGUGUGCACAGUGUUUGGAGACCCUCACUACAACACAUUUGACGGGCGCACGUUCAACUUCCAGGGGACGUGUCAGUACGUGCUGACCCGCGACUGUGGCAGCGCCACCUCUGGCAGCCUGGGGAACAACAACAUCAACAGCCCUGACUCCAGCUUCACGGUCCUGGUGCGUAACGACGCCCGCAGGACGCGCUCCUUCUCCUGGACCCAGUCGGUGGAGCUGCGGCUGGCCGGCCUGAGCCUCAGCCUCCACCAGCACCUCACGGUGCGCAGGAACGGCUCGCGCAUCUCCCUGCCCUACCACGGGCCCGGGGUGCACAUCGACCUGGACGGGUACCUGCUGAAGCUCACCACCAUCGCAGGCCUGGAGAUCACGUGGGACGGGGACAGCUUCGUGGAGGUGGUGGCGGCGCCCCACCUGAGGGGCCGGCUCUGCGGCCUGUGCGGCAACUACAACGGGCAGAAGAGGGACGACACCACGGGCGGCGACGGGCAGUUCAAGUUCGACGUGGACGCCUUCGCCGAGUCGUGGCGCGUGGAGGGCAACGAGGUGUGCGGCGCCCUGCAGGCCGCGCGGCGCCCCGCCCCCCUGCUGUGCCCCGGCAGCGUGCGGGUCAAGUUCCGCGCGCACCGCGAGUGCCAGAAGCUCAAGGCCUGGGAGUUCCAGCGGUGCCACCGCGCGGUGGACUUCUCCACCUUCUACAGGUCCUGUGUCACAGACAUGUGUGAGUGUCCGGUGCAUAAGAACUGCUACUGUGAGUCCUUCCUAGCGUACAGCCGGGCCUGUGAGAGGGAGGGGGUCCCCGCCCUCUGGAAACCUGAGGCCGCCUGUAUGGCCACCCAGUGCAAGUACGGCGCCGUCUACGACACGUGCGGCCCGGGCUGCACCAAGACCUGCGACAACUGGAACGAGAUCGGGCCGUGCCACAGGCCCUGCGUGGCGGGCUGCCACUGCCCCGCCAACCUGGUGCUGUUCCAGGGACGCUGCAUCAAGCCCACCUCCUGCCCAGGACGGUGACCCUAGUGGGCCCGAGGGGAGAGGGGCCGGGGGAGGGGGGGGGGGGCGGGGUUGGAGAGGGACGGCAGGUUGACAUGUGACGUUUGAUUCACAGGGAGGAAAAUACUCAGGGUCCAAAUAAAAUCCCCCGCCCCCCUUUAUUUGGAGGAUGGUUCAUGGUGCUAUCAUGGAUAGAGACUGUGGAGAGAGAUGCUGUGGAGAGAAUAGGGAGAAAUUGCCCCCCCCCCCCCCAGCACCACUUGUACUGCGAUGACACAAACACAAGGGGGCGACUCGUGCGCCAUUGCCGGUGGUAGUCGCGACUCGCGACGGAGGGUUGUCACUUCGCUGUCCUGUAACGUGUAUCGAGACGGAAAGCUUCUGACAAGAAAGAAAGAUAACUAUAAAACUCAGGGUCCCUUGCGUGAUGACCGGAGAACGGGACGCCGACGGGGAAAGCAAGCUGCCAUAAACCCUCAGGAAGAGAGCUGUGCCCGGUGGACUCUUUGCUGUGAGCCAGCAGGGCUGCCUUACCGCUCAUUCAGUCAUCAUGGAUGGACACUGAAACAGGCGACCACGUUGCACCGCAGGGGUUCCAAAGUGCGACGCAUUCGGACGCCCCCUCCCUCGGGGUCUCGUUUCAAUAGGCCUACCGCACAUCAACCAGAUUUAUAUCAAAGCCAGUCAGCCGUUUUUGUAUUAUUUUUGUUAUAAUUAUUUUGUUUGUUGACUUUGUUAAUUUAUAUAUCAAUCAAGUAUUUCAGAAUCAUAAAUAUAAAUUGUGCUAUAAAUGAUUUAAAGGGAAAAAAAAGCUUAUUUAUGUAUUUCUCGUGUACUUUUUUUGUGUUGACCGUUUGAAGAGAAAUGUGUCCAACUGUGAGUUGGCAGUGGCGCUGCAGCAGGGAUAACGUACUGUAAUGUGUUGUACUCAGUGUCCAGGGUGUUUGCUAUCAUUGGUAAUUGGAGCGUGCUCCGCCAGGCACCCGCAUCACUUGAAUUCAAGCUAUUCUUAUUUAAGACCAGCGAUAUAACCAUUCAUCGAAUAUCACCGUUCUGUCUUCCUUCACACUUUGUCUCCUUUUUUCGUUUUUUUUUGUCUGUGUAAGCUACUUUUUUAUUUAAACCCAAAUAUUCACCAUUCUAAGGAGCCCCUCUAUAUUUAAAAAUAAGAUUCGGGUCAGUCACUUUUGGAAAUCUGAAAGGAUUUCAUUGAUUGCUAUUUUAAUCAGAAUAAUUACGAUUUGUCUGGGAAUCAAAUUAUAAACUUGUUGUAGGCUUGUAUGUCAGUCCAGAUUUUCAAUGUGUUAUCACAUCAUGAGAUCAUCUGUUCUUAUUAUUCUUGCCAUUCAACUUCCACUGAAUUAAUUAUCGAAGUAUUUAAACUCCCUUGGCUUAGGAAAUGUUUUGCAGUUCCUACAGUCUACCACCAGAGGGCAGUGGUUGUACUGUGCAGCUUCCAGUAGACAAGACGGUGCAAGACUGCCCGUACACCUAACAGACGCAACACAUUAUUGAAAUUGAUGCAAACUCUUAAUACAAUUCAAAAAGUAUAAUACACAAUACAAGAGGUCAACAAACAAUGUUUUGAAAUCACAGACAAACAGUAAGGGACAGUAAAGUGUCUACAUGUUAACCUAGUUACAAGGUGUUAAAAAAGCUAAAGUCUAAAUCAUGACUGGCUACUACCUGCAGUUGAAUUGACUUUUGAAAUAACUAAAUUUGAGUCCCAAUCCAAGUUGUAAGAAUGAGACGACCAUUGAAAGACAAUACCGGUUUGUUAGUUUAGGUAGCUCAUACUUGCUUUAUGUGCCGUAGUUUGAUUGUUAAUAUCUGUUCAUCGUUACAUAUAUGUUUUCUGAACCUGAAUACUUUGGACUCCUUCUCUUACAUUGUUCAUGAAAAAACGUUACUGUUGUGAGAUUAAAAUGGACAGAAGGAUUUAGACUGGUGGAGGACGGAUGUGUGUGUUUGUGUGUGUGUGUGUGUGUGUGUGUGUGUGUGUGUGUGUGUGUGUGUGUGUGUGUGUGUGUGUGUGUGUGUGUGUGUGUGUGUGUGUGUGUGUGUGUGUGUGUGUGUGUGUGUGUGUGUGUACUGUUUCACUCAGCUCGGUGGAUGAACAAACUCAGUUUGGUUAGAGCCAAAGGGAGAAUCACUUCAAUCCCUCUGAAUUCAACGAUGACCUAAUAAACAAACACUGCGUUUUUUUACGGAACUCCAGAUAUAUAAGUGGACAUUUUACGUCAUAGAAAACCUAUAACAAACAACACUUACAGGCAGAACAUGAGUCGAACCGAGA